AUGGCCUUUGUCCAGCCCGGCUGCCCGGCUAGGUUCGCCUACCAGAAUGAGCAUCGUGUCAAAGAGCUCAACGCAGAAACCCUAGCGAGGGUCUUCCUUCCCACGCCCUCAUGGCUGUCGACUCCGGAGUAUGCAGCAAUCCGGUCAGAUACUGGCAAUCCAUCGACCUGCAUCUUCUUCAGCCUUAAUAUUUCCAUAUACAACCAACAGAUAAUCUCCUCGGAAUGGACCGAGCAAUGGUUCUUCAUGGUCGGCCGUGUUCAUCCCUUUGCCCUGACGUGGAAAUCGAGCGACGUGAUGGCUUGGAUCCGCGAUCACAGCUACCAACCAAUUGUCACUCGCACCCUCAGCUCGGUGGAUACUUUCCCAACGAUACAACCCAUUGUCUCCUUCACGGGACCUGUCAUCGGCUCCGGCCGCGACCUCCUGCAUGGAAACUCGGCUGCGGCCCUUGACGACACCCAGCUGAGCUGCUGCGGCUUUGUCCAGCUCUCCACCUUUAUUUGUCCUGGGAUUCCCGGCAAAACCCCCUUCAAGGGCUUUCACCCUUCCAAGUUUUCGUCAUCUUCCCCAUUCACGCUAAUCCUUGGACCUCCCUGCAAGAAGAUGACCGAGAGGCGCGACAGCCAGUUCCAGUCGAACGCUCUCUUCACCUGUACGGGCAAAAUCGCCGGCUUACUGGAUCACCAGAUCAUGAAACAUGCCCCGGCUUUCGACCAAGACUAUAUCUUCAUCGUCGUCCCCGACACGUGGACUUUCCACGACAAGGCCAUGUCCGACCAGGCUUCUGCAACACAACUACUGCCGACGACACCCAAGAGCGCGUCGAUCCUUAUGCUGGCAUCAAGUCGGUCAUUGCCCGAUCCCUACCAAACCCCAACCAAGAGACCGCGACUUUCUCCCGAAACUUCCACCAUAAUCACCGACUGUGACGGUCAAGACUCCCCCAAAUCCGAUACCUCCUCCUUUCUGUCCCCGGAAGACCCCGCAGAGUCAGAGACGGACACCGAACAGGUCAAUCACCAAGACACAUCCGCCUCUGGCUCUAUCAGACCUCCCGCGUCGAUAUCUUCCCGACCACUGCGCGCCCGACGUCCGCCCAAGAAUAUUCUCUGA